AUGCGUGCAGUCGACAUCAGGGGCGAGACAGGACCUGUUUCGGCCUUGUUCAUCAAUUCCGAGACACCCAUGCCCAAGCCCGCGCAGAAUCAGGCCUUGGUGAAAAUUAAAGCAUUUGGGCUCAACCGCAUGGACCUCUUGCAGCGGGAGGGCAAGUACCCGGUCCCGCCACAAGCCCCCAAGACCAUGGGCGUUGAGUUCUCAGGCAUCAUUGAAUCCUUUGGAUCUCCCUCUUCCACUCUAGACUUCCAUGUCGGAGAUGAGGUCUUUGGUUUGGCUUAUGGUGGCGCAUACGCCGAGUACAUCGCCGUUAGCACGUCGAUGCUCAUUCACAAACCCAAAGAACUCAGCUGGGAACAGGCUGCCGGGGUGCCUGAGACCUGGAUCACCGCCAUCCAAGCGCUCUAUCUGGUCGGUGACUAUCAGGAAGGCCAGAGCGUCUUGUGGCAUGCUGGGGCGAGCGGCGUCAGUAUUGCCGGAAUCCAACUCUCAAAGGCCGCCGGAGCGUCGGCUGUCUAUGUCACCGCGAGUACGCCAGCCAAAAUUCAAUUCUGCAAGUCUAUCGGCGCGACCGAGGGGUUCAAUUAUAGAGAAGGCGACUGGGCGGACGCGUUACUUGCCUACACGGAGGGAAAGGGGGCAGACCUGAUCGUGGACUUUGUGGGGGCCGACUAUUUCAGGCAGAACCUGAAAGCGGCGGCAAGGGAUGCCCACAUUGUGAACUUGGGCUGGCUGAGCGGGACCGUCGUCAAGGGCGACGUCGACAUCAGUGCUUUUCUCGGCAAGAGAUUGAGGUUCGAGGGGAGCAGUCUCCGGAGUCGCGACGAACCGUACCAAAAGAAACUGCGGGAUUUGCUGGUCGAGCACGCGCUGCCUAGGCUUGUGGACGGCCGGUUCAAAAUCUUCAUCGAAAGGGUUUUUGACAUGGACGAGAUCCAAAAGGCGCAUGAGGUGUUGGAGUCGAACCAGACCAUGGGCAAACUCAUAUGUAGGGUGUAG